GCAUCCAGAAACAUACCGGAUCAAGCCUCAUUUGUCUUCCUGCCACACCAAAAACGACAACAAACGGACACCAUGAGAGUGGCAUUUGUUUUUGUUUUGUUCUUUGCUGCAGUUCUCUGCCGACCAGCAAGAAAAUUUUCUGACAGUUCUGCAGAGAGCUCUGAAGAAGUGGUCAGACGACCUGCACCUUCGCUUUUCAGGAAAAAGAUGGCCGAACUGACUCGACUUCGUGUGGCACCGUUCAGGCUGUUUCAGAAUUUUUUCGCACCCUUUGCUGCUGGUUCAGAUGAGAGCACAGACAGUUCCAAUGAGGCAGCAGUCGAGAUUCCAUCUUUUGUCAACUUUGAGACUACAGAUGAUGCUGCAACAGAGACGCCCUCUGUCGACAACCAAGAUGAACCAAGUAAAGACAGCGAUGAUGAUGAUGAUGAUGAAGAAGAAGAUGAUUCGGAGGAAAGUGAAAGUGACGAAGAAGAGGAAGACGAAGAAGACAGCUCAGAAUCUGGCGAAUCUUCCACUGUAGCUCCUGAAACAGUGACCCCAGUAAUUGUGACCGAUGAGCCCCAGUAUGAAACAACAGAGGAUGCCCUGUUGCCCACAAUUGUCACAGACACAGAUUCAGGCCGUGGUGACAGCAUGGGGGGAUACCCCAGUGAAUACAAGAGCUAUGUCUACGGGGGGGACAAGACCUACCAUAAGGCUCCUUCGUCUUACAAGUCCUAUGAAUACGUUGACAAGAAAUCGGGUUAUAACAUGCCCGUUAACAACGAGGUGGAGAAGUCACCAGAGGUGUACAAGAGUGAGCCUUACCAGAAGCAUUCUGAAAUAUUGGAAGAAGACACCAGCACACCUGAAAAUCAGGAAGUUCUGCCAGAGGAGGAGGAAAAUGCAGGCACAAACGAUAGUGGAAGCUCCGCAGAUGUAGACGAACAGGAAGAAGAAUCUGUGGAAGCUAAGGACACGCCUGGUGCAGCUGACAGCGAUUCAGAUGAGAGCGACAGCAUGGAGAGUGACUCAGAUGAGAAAGAGGUUGAGUCUGAAAACACCACUGACAUGCCUGUGGUCAUCACCGCCAAAUAAAUCAACCAGAAAGAGAGGUGUGGUGUGCCAUUGAUAUGAGUCCACGCCACAAUCAGAAGCAGUCUGUCCACUCCUAAGACACUUAAUACGGCAGGGACAAUGCAGACAAUCAAAUGCAUAUUUACAAUCAGUUAUUCACAGAGUUCAAAGAUUAUUUCUGAUGUCUUUGGCCCUUUUUUGUUUGAUUAAGAUCAGUAUUUUCUGCUGAAUCCCACUUGAUUGGCAAUCAAGAAGAAAAAAACAAUAUUACAUGUGAGACACAAUAUGUGUUAUCAUCUCUGUAUAACU